UUGGAUGCUAGCUAAUGCUUUAUAAGUAUAGAAUAUUGAAUUUAAAAUAUAAAACAAUGUCAAACACCGUGAGAGAAAAGCUUGAAGCAUAUUUUGCUUCGUUAAAUUCAACUAGCAAUCGAAUGAUGGCUGAUAUUCAAAGCUCAAGGGAAGAAAAUCACCAAAACUGGGAAAAUUUGACACCUGAAGAGCAGUCUGAAAUCUUGUGGAAAUCCUUAGUAAAACCUGAUGCUUUAAAGAAGUAUUCCAAUGUCCCACCAAAACCUUUAGAUGUUGAAUACUUUCCCAUUUUACGUAUUAAAUCUGGAGAUAAAAUAAUUAUGGAUGACGAUGCUUCGUCUGCUAAGUCAUUCGGUUGCUCAUGGCGUGAUGAACAUUCAUCACCUUUUCGCUGGGAAACGCAGAGUCAAUUAGAUUUACGGAUAUCUGGUGUUGAUCCGGUUCCUGAGAAACCUUGUACCCUUCAGAGAGAAUCAACUGAAAAACCAGAAUUGAAGAAAGAGGAAGAAGUGAAAAGGCCUGCACCCCUAAAACGGCCAGAGGUACCACCCCCUCCUGUCCCUCCUCAUGCAAGUUCACCUCCAGUUCCUCCCCAUGCAGAGAUGCCAUUGUACGCUAAAGUAGUUAAACGUAAGUCUUGCUCAAAGACAUUAACUCUCGGUGAAGCAAAAGCUAUUCAACGCAGACUUGCUGAAGAGGAAAUGAAACCAGCUGUACCCCCAAGGAGGUCUCUGGAAUUAAGAAGUGAACUAGAUCUUUCUAAAUACAGAAUACAAGAUAUUGACAUUGAUGGUAUUCCAAAAACUGGAUUUGAUUUUCUAGACAACUGGUGAAAUGUGAAUUUUUAUUUCGAAAAAUAUGGUGUAUUCAUCAUGUUUCCUUAUUUUGGCAUGAAAUAACUUCGGUUUUUGUGUAAUGUUCAAAAAGAGCUUUUACUUUAUUCUUAUUGUUAUUAUUAUUAUAAUUAAAUAUAUAUUUAAGUUUUUGCAAUGAUUCACAAGUAAAAGAAUUUUUCAUAUUGUGAAUUAAGAACAAUUUAAUUUAUCAGUUAUUGCUUCUAAAACGUGACAGUAGGACUGAAAUGCCAGUAAGUGAAUUAAAUUAUGAUUUAUUUAUUUCUUCAACUUCUUUAUUUUUUCGUUAGUGAAAUUUUUGUUGCAGUACAAAAUUUUAUACAUUCUUUUAGGUCUGUUUUAUAUUUUUAAACUUGCAGACACACAUAUAUAUACACUGAAAUAUUGUGUUUAAUGUUAAAAAUGUCAACUUUAUUCCUUUUUUGUUAAUUAAUACUUAUAAGGAUAUGAUGCUUCACACAUUGAAUGAAUGAUAUCGAAAUCAUUUUAACAGCAGCUGUUAUUUUUAAACAAAAGCUUCAUUUUGUAUUCAAACAACUAUUUUACUGAAGAUGAAAGCCACAUGAAAUGACAGAAAGACAAUAACUUAAUGGCAUAAAAUCAUAUUUAAUAUGCAUGAAAGUAGGCUUGUUUACAUCUUAAUAAAUCUUUUCUGCAAUAACAAUUAUAAAUGAUGCAGAGAGAUGAUUUAAAAUUGCUAUGAAAUGGACUCACUAGUUUUGAAAUUGACUUUUAAUGUGUCCAAAGCUAAAAAUCUGAAGAAUGCAGAAACAUAGAAGUUACAGUGUUUAGCUGCUAAUGUUCUACCACAGCCCCCUAAAUUAUAGGCCUGGAAAAUAGGGGGGGGGGAUGAAUCAGCCAGUUUUUAGUUAAUCUUUUCCCCACCUGGAACUCUACAUGCUUGUUAAAACGAAAUACUUUCCCCUUUUAGUUCAGCAUUAAGAGCCAUUGUCUGUAAGGAUCAGGCAGGUUGUGAUUGAUGACAUUUUUAAUUUUCUUUAUUUGUGCAAAUGUUGUUCUUUAUCAUGAAUGUAAUGUUUGUGCAAAAUAUGAGCUUUGUCUGCCUUACCGUUUUUGGGAAAUUAAAUUUUUUAAUUUAGGGGGCGUGGCACAUUUUUGUGUGUUUUUCAAAUUUGCAGAUUUUAAAGUUCUUGUUGCUUUAAGCGCCCC